AUGAAGUUUUCUGUGAUUGCCCCCUUCCUCCUCGCCGGCGUCGCUCAGGCCUGGAAGCCCGAGGACCGCGACCUGGCCGCCUUCAACAUGACUGCUCGCUUUGAGCAGCUCGGAAAGCGCUUCAAGCCUGACCUGGACAAGGGAAUCAACAAGAUUCGUGGUGUCAACUUUGGUGGCUGGCUGGUUAGCGAGCGCUGGAUGAUGACCAACGAGUGGGACAAUGUCAUGGGCUGCGCUGGAUCUGCGUCCGAGUUCAACUGCAUGAAAGAUCACUACUCUGGCAGCAACCGCGCAGAAGGCAACCGCCGUUUCGAGAACCACUGGAGAGACUGGAUCAACGAGGACACUGUCCAGUCUGUUCACGACGUCGGCCUGAACACGAUCCGCAUCCCCAUCGGCUACUGGUCCUACGUCGACAUUGUGGACAAGAACAGCGAGCCCUUUGCCGAUGGCAAUCGCAUGCUUCCCUACCUCGACAAGGUUGUCGCCAAGGCUGCAGACCUGGGCAUCUACGUCAUCAUCGACUUCCACGGCGCUCCUGGCGGCCAGCAGGAGGAUGUCUUCACCGGCCAGCUCAACAAGCCCGCCGGCUUCUUCAACGACUACAACUUUGGCCGCGCCGCGAAGUGGAUGUCCUGGAUGACGCGCCGCAUCCACACCAACGACGCCUACCGCACCGUCGGCAUGAUUGAGGUCCUCAACGAGCCCGUCUCCCGGCACGACGAGAAGGGCCGCUACCCGGCCCCCGGCGAGGACCCCGGCCUGGUCCAGAACUACUACCCCGCGGCCCUCAAGGCCGUCCGCGACGUCGAGGCUGAGCUCAAGGUGUCCGACGACAAGAAGCUCCACGUGCAGUUCAUGUCCGCCAAGUGGGAUUCGGGCAACCCACGCGCCACGAGCGCCGUCGCCAACGACCCCCGCGCCGGCUUCGACGACCACAACUACGUCAGCUUUGGCUUCAAGAACGAGGAGCGCGGCGACCAGUACAAGCUGAUGAACCGUGCCUGCACCGACUCGCGCGUCGUCAGCGGCGAGGACUUUGACAUCACCGGCGAAUGGAGCAUGACCUCCAACGUGGACUGGCACAACGCCGAUUUCUUCAAGAAGUGGUUCACUGCCCAGCAGCAGCUCUAUGAGAAGCCUGGCAUGUCCGGGUGGGUAUUCUGGACCUGGAAGACCGAACUCAACGACCCUCGUUGGACCUACUCUUACGCUACCUAUCUCAAGUACGUCCCCACCGAUGCCGCCGCCCUGGAGCACAAUGUGUACCAGGAUGUCUGCUCAGGCUUCAGGUAA